CAUGUCAGUUGACUAAUUCAGUGAGAGUUGAGGAAGUCACACGCAAGCUCGUGCUUUCCCGGGUUGGUGAAAUAUUUACAAGAUCCCAGGCAAUAAACACGUCUUGCAUAUUGUCGAUAAUCUGGACCGGCCUCUCCCAUUCUCAGUGGACUUGAGCACGGACCAUUAAGGCGCGUGUGCUUCCUUCAACAUGUCCGCACAAAGGUUGCUGCUGUGUUGCCUUCUCUUUGAAGGCACUCUGGCGCUCUCAGGCAACUUUUGGCACAUCACCGACCUGCACUGGGACCCGUCCUACGCCCUGGGAGACGACCCCAAGAAGGUGUGCGCAUCGAGCGGGGUUCGACCCGCCGCCCAGGCGGGCGUAUUCGGUGACUACGCGUGCGACUCGCCAUUGAAACUCAUCAACUCCUCCAUUUAUGCCAUGAAGAAGUUUCUACCGGACCCGGAUUUCAUUGUGUGGACUGGGGACGACACGCCGCAUGUUCCUGACCGGGAUCUGAGCACAGAGGCGGUGCUGAGCAUCAUCAGCAAACUCACGGACGCCAUAAACCAGGUCUUUCCCAACACCAAAGUGUACUCGGCCCUGGGUAACCAUGACUACCACCCCAAGAGCCAGCUUCCUGGAGGCCCCAGCUUCAUGUACAACCAAACAGCUGGAAUAUGGCAGCACUGGCUGGAGCCCGAGUCCCGAGAAACAUUCCAGAAAGGUGGUUAUUACACGGAGAAGCUGCUGAACAUGACAGGCUUCCGCAUCUUGGUGCUCAACACAAAUCUCUACUACGACCGCAACUUGCUGACCCAGAACACUGAAGACCCCGCGGGACAGUUCAGCUGGGCAGACCGAGUCCUGGCAGAGGCGGCCGGCAACAAAGAGAAGGUGUACGUCAUAGGUCACGUGCCACCGGGCAUGUUUGAGAAGACAAGGAACAAACCCUGGUUCCGACCAGACUUCAACAGGCGAUACAUGGAGUUGAUCGGCAAGCACCAUUCUGUCAUCGCGGGACAGUUCUUUGGACACCAUCACACAGACACCUUCCGCAUGUUCUACAACUCGGAGGGUUCUCCCAUCAGCACAAUGUUCCUCAGCCCGGGGGUGACCCCGUGGGAGACGACGCUCCCCGGAGUGAAGAACGGCGCCAACAAUCCUGGCAUUCGGAUCUUCGAAUACGACACGCGAAGCCUCCUGGUCAAAGACGUGGUGACAUACUACCUGAACCUGACCCACGCCAACGCCGGCUGGGAUCGCUGGGAGAAGGAAUACCGCCUCACCGAGAGCUUCCACGUGCCCGACGCCUCCCCCGCCUCCAUGGAUCUGGUCCUGGAGGGGAUCUCUAGGGACGGCUGCCGCCUGCAGAAGUACUACCACUUCAACUCGGUGAGCUACGACCUCAGCGAGUGCGACGCCGCCUGCCGCGUGGACCACGUGUGCUCGCUGCGAGAGGUGGACUACCACAGGUACGAGCGCUGCCUGCUGACAGAGGCGGCGUCUUCCGGCGGCGGCGGCGGCUCGCUGACUGUCGUCGCCGUGGCUGCAAGCAUCCUGUUUCUUUUGAAUCAGCAGUAAUUAGCAAGCAUCCUGUUUGUUUUGAAUCAGCAGUAGUUAGCAAGCAUCCUGUUUGUUUUGAAUCAGCAGUAGUUAGCAAGCAUCCUGUUUCUUUUGAAUCAGCAGUAGUUAGCAAGCAUCCUGUUUGUUUUGAAUCAGCAGUAGUUAGCAAGCAUCCUGUUUGUUUUGAAUCAGCAGUAGUUAGCAAGCAUCCUGUUUGUUUUGAAUCAGCAGUA